GGUGAGGCACAUGAAGACCUUCAACGCUGCUCUGCAACACCUCUCCACAUCUUCAUCAUCAUCAUCAUCAUCAUCAUGCCUUUGUUGCAGAUCAAAAACAUGGUCUUCAAGGUUGGACAGACCUUGACUGUGACGGGAAUACCCAACGGUGGUGCCGCUAGUAGGUUCUCACUGAACAUCGGCUACAGUGAGCAAGACAUUGCUCUCCACGUCAACCCUCGCUUUGAGUCCAACACUGUGGUGUGCAACACACGCCAGAAGGGCGUCUGGGGCCAAGAGGUCAUUGGAUGUGGGUUUCCUUUCAAGCAGCAUGUGGAGUUCACUAUCACCAUCGCGUUCCAGUGUGGGGAGUUUGUCAUUACCCUGCCAGAUGACAUCAAAAUCCGUAUUCCCAAUCGCCUGAAUGGGAAAGAGUACCCUUACUUCUUUUCUGAUGGAGAAGCUCAAAUUUCCAGCCUUGAGUUUAAAUAGAAAACCUCCACGGUCGUGGUGGCCGUGUGACUUCACUGCUGACCUGAGCUUUUAGAUUCAACACCGAACUACCAAUGUCAUGUGACUGAAUGCA